GAAAGGUCGGUGAUUAGUGGGUGAAAGCAUUUAGUGCAUCCACUUUUACUUUAUUUAUUUAUGUUUCCCCCAACAAUAAAUAAAGCAUUUCUUUACUAAAUCAAACACGAUCACUUCAGCAAAACCACUACACCUAUCUUAUCUCUCAGAUUUUCUCAAGAAGAUUGUGUGGAAGAUGAUGAGACGGAAGAUUUUUCUCUUUGGUGAUUCCAUCACUGAAGAAUCCUUUAGUGACGGUGGCUGGGGUGCUUCUCUCGCCGAUCUUCUCCGCCGCAAGGCUGAUAUGGUGCUACGAGGAUACAGUGGAUAUAACACGAGGUGGGCACUGAAAGUGGUGGAGAGAGUUUUUCCGGUGGCAGAAGAAGACGGCGGAGAUUCUCCGGCAGCUGUGACUGUUUUCUUUGGAGCGAACGACGCGUGUCUUCCGGAGAGAUGCUCGGGGUUUCAGCAUGUGCCACUUCACGAGUACAAGCAGAAUCUUCGCUCUAUUGUUUCGUUUCUCAAGAAUCGUUGGCCACAAACGGCCAUUAUUCUUAUAACUCCGCCUCCAAUAGACGAAGAGGCCCGCCUCAGAUAUCCUUAUAUCGAAAACACAACGGGGUUGCCGGAAAGAACGAAUGAAGUAGCCGGACUAUACGCAAAAGCAUGUAUAGCAGUAGCUGAGGAAUGUCAAAUUUCGGUCACUGAUCUUUGGUCCAAAAUGCAGCAAAUUCCAAAUUGGCAAACAGAAUGUCUAUGGUCAUACACUAAGUCUUAUUUACACACCUAGUCUAUGGUGCAUCUUUAUAUUCGAAGCGAAUAAGUAAAUCAACUAUGUUUUGUGUUUUCGUGAGUUUUAGGGACGGGUUACAUUUGAGUCGGGUCGGUAACAAAGUAGUGUUUGAAGAAGUAGCAAAGAAGCUUAAAGAAGAAGGCAUUGGAGCUGAGGACUUAGCUGUGGAUCUUCCCCUUAUAGAAGAUGUUGACCCUAAGGAUCCUCUCAAAUCCUUUGAUGAGUUUUGAUGCUUUAUAUUACUACCAUGCAGUUUGGUUCUUCUAUCUUUGAUUACUUCUUAAUUUCGAUAUUAUUUUAGGGAAUGUAUUAUUUUAGGGAAUGUGACAUUAUUAGGCACUUUGUGAGAAUCUUUUUACGUUUGAGGCACUUGUGAGAGAGAGGGCACUUUGCCAUCUUUUUUUAGAGGAGAUUGAACCAAUUUGCCCCUGAAGUGAUGAAAACACAAUAAUUUUUAAACUUAUUCUUAAUGAGAUCGUGUGGGUGAGAAACUAAUUUUUUUUUUUUUUAUCAUUUCUCCUUUCCAUAUUCUUUUGUUUUUCAUCAUUUUCAAUUCCUCUUUCAAAU